CAAUUGUCAUUUUUUAUUUAAUAUAAUUCAAAAACAUCAGCACAAAUUGAAUUUGUAAAUACUUUUUCAAAGUGAAAUUAUAUAACCUUAUGUUAACUUUAAACGAAACAAAAUGAAUAAACUGUUUACAUUAAGCCGUUUUAAACAAAUCUUAGAAUGUCGUUCUAUCACCAUGAAAAUAUCAGCUGAUGGCAAGGACGUUCCUAAGAAGAAGUUUAUUGAGAGCCGAAUUACUUUAAUUGGCUCAGAUAAUUCUAUUUCAAUUACUGAUCUCAAAAGUGCUCAAAGUUUAUCAAUGAGACGAGACUUAAAAUUGGUAAAAAUUCAGGAUGAAGAUUCAAAAACACGACGACCGGUAUACAAACUAAUGACAAAUGCAGAAUAUCACCAAGAAGAACUUUCUAGAAGGAAAGAAAAACAGGAAAAAAGAGAAAACAAUUUUAUAAAAGGACAAAAGCUCUUGACACUUUCCGCACGGAUAGCUGAACAUGAUUUGAUGACUAGAGUUAAGAAAAUUGGCAAGUUACUUGAGAAACAGUAUGAAGUGAAAGUUGUAGUAUCUGGUGGUGAAAAAGAAGAUGAUGCUCAUUAUGAAAGGAUUUAUUCAAUUAUGGAGAAAAACCUGCAGUCCACCAGUAAGAUUGUUCAAAAGAGAAUUAAAGGGAACACCUUAAGGUUCCAGUUUCUGCCAUUACGGCAAAGUUCUGAUGACGGAAAUGACUCACAAUCCAGUCAAAAGAAUGAAAAAGAUGGCCCCCUAUGACUAGCCGUUAUAUUAGCAUCUGUAUUAUUGACAAAGUAUGUGAUUCUAAGUAAAUAUAUUUUUAAGUCAAAACAUACAGAAAAUAAUACUGAAAAAAUCAGUAAUUCUAAUGACUAUGUUAUAGAGAAAUCAGAAUUUGAUAGUGAAUAAUUAGUUUAAGUGCUUUAUUAUUUACGAAUGUAGUGUUGUUUAUAAUUAUUAAAUUAUUAUAAUUU